AUGUCACGUAAACAGAAUCAGGAUAUACCGUGGUCUCGUCUCCAUCCUAUAUACUCUCAUCGAGAGUCCUCAAUUUAUGGAAAGGUGAUGGAAGGUUAUCUAGGUGCAGGAAAACAGGAGAAAGAAGAGACUGCAAGAAGGAAAAAGGAAUCGAUCGUUGACUUAUCACGAUUUAUUGAUAAGAAAGUACGCGUGAAAUUUCAAGGAGGUCGGGAAGCGUCUGGAAUACUAAAAGGCUAUGAUGCUUUAAUCAAUUUGGUACUGGACAAUGCUGUAGAGUACGUGCGAGACACGGAGGAUCCACAGAAAAUGACAGAGGAAACAAGGCAAUUAGGUUUGAUUGUUGCUCGAGGAACUGCGAUAACAGUUGUUUCGCCGAACGAUGGCAUCGAGCAAAUUGCCAAUCCUUUCGUAUGA